AUGGCUGCUGCCAGAGUUACCUCGAAGCUUCUGAUAGACCAAAAAUCCCAAAGAGUUCUGUUUGCAGAAGCUGGCAAAGACUUUGUUGAUUUUCUCUUCAACAUGCUGUCAUUGCCUGUUGGCACUGUCAUAAGGCUUCUUACUAAACAAGGAAUGGUGGGGUGCCUUGGAAAUCUUUAUGGCAGCAUUGAAAAUUUGGAUGAUACCUACAUGCAGUCACCAGCAAACAAAGACACCCUUUUGAAACCUUUAGUUUCUAACUUUGCUGCUCGUGUACUUCUUUUGUUGCCUAACAUCAACAUGCAAUCAUCAACAUCCAACGGCCUUUAUAGGUGUCGCAAUACCAACUGUCGCAUGUAUGUGGCAAACGAUCCAAAAUCUACUUGUCCUUCUUGCGACAAUGUUAUGAACCAAAACGUAACUUUUGUUAAUCCGACAAACAAGGCCUCGUCCUCGGGUGAGGGAGGUUACGUGAAGGGAGUUGUUACUUAUAUGAUCAUGGAUGAUCUGGUGGUGAGGCCUAUGUCAACUAUUUCUAGUAUCACUUUGCUCAACAGGUUCAAUGUCAAGGAUGUAGGGGUUCUUGAAGAGAGAGUCAUUGAUAUGGGAAUGGAUGAGGGAGUGAAAUUGCUGAGGGCAUCGAUGCAGUCCAGGACUGUGCUUACUGAAGUGUUCCUUGGGAAGAAAGUCACCAAAAUAAUACUUUCCAUGGCAACCAACAAUGUGAGCUUGAAGCAUCUGGUAGAUACCAAAGGGCAGAGGGUUUUGUUUGCAGAAGCUGGCAAAGAUUUUGUUGAUUUUCUCUUCUACAUGUUCUCUCCAACAGGGCAUGGUGGGUUGCCUUGGAAACCUUUACGACAGCAUAGAAAAUUUGACUGA